GUCCGCGGCCGGCUCGGCGCGUGUCCCCGGGAUGCUCGCGGCUCGUUUCUGCCCGGCCUGGGAGGCCUGUGCGCACUGCAGUACCACGGGGAGUUGUAAAACCCCGUGCCACCCGCCAGUCGCCAAGUCCUCGCCCCCAGGUCUGCGCGGCCCCCACAGGCGGCUAUCAACCAAGCGGCCAAGCCGUCCCCACCCCCUGACCAGUGGCUGGGAAAAGUGGAUCUGGCUGGUGUUGUCAGAGCCCCGGAGCCGGGGCGGGGCGGGGCGGCGGCUCCCACGAUCCCAAGGCCGUGCACCUGCCUCCUCCCCCCCCCCCCCCCACCACCCCGCGCCCCACCUGAGGGCUUGGGAACAAAGGUGCAUUGUAUAGGGCGCAAUCGGCCUCAUUAUUUCGUUUUCGGGAAUGGGGCUGCGCGGGCCCCCAGCCCAGAACGAAGGUGUGGGGCGGAAGGGGGCAAGCGCCAAGCCCGAGAUGGGCACGAGCUCACCACUAAGGCCCUGUACGGGGGAAUGGGGGCGGGCGAAAUCCCAGGAGGCGAUCCGUCCCUUCCGACACUCGCGCUAUCCCUGGACCGGCAUUAAAAAAUGGGCAACAUUCUCAGGUAGAGGCGGACGGGCUUUUGGAGACCCUCGCCGGCCUCUUGGGGCCAGAGGGCGCGUGCUCCUAUUUCAGUCCCCCCAAAUUGCAAUAAGGCCUCCUACCCGGUACUAACUUAGACAUGAAAGGCGCGACCUCCCUAAAACGGACUCCCAGCAGCGGACCACGUCGCCCCUCCCGCCCCCUCGCGACGCGGCGCAGCCGGGGUCGGAGCGGGGUGAACCCGGCGUGCGCCUCGGAGCGCAGGGGGUUAACAGGAGUUGGCUCUGAGCGGAGAGGCGGGGGUGCGCCCCCAUUGGUGGAAAGUUACCCGGGGGCGUGGCCCGCGAGUCUCCGCACCCCACCCCCAGCCCCGCACCGCCCCCCCCCCCCCCCCACCUCCACUUUGUACCUUUCUCGCCGCGGCAGCGAAGCGGGCCGGGACCGGCCGGACCAGACCAGAGCGGACCCCGGGGGCGAUGCGGCUGCUGCCCCUGCUGCGGACUGUCCUCUGGGCCGCGCUCCUCAGCUCCCCGCUGCGAGGGGGCUCCGGCCUCCGCCACGCCGUCUACUGGAACUCCAGUAACCCCAGGCUGCUCGGAGGAGACGCGGUGGUGGAGCUGGUCCUCAACGACUACCUAGACAUCUUCUGCCCGCAUUACGAUGGGCCAGGGCCCCCGGACGGCCCCGAGACGUUUGCUUUAUACAUGGUGGACCGGCAGGGCUAUGAGGCCUGCCAGGCCCAGGGGCCGGGCGCCUUCAAGCGCUGGGAGUGCGCCCUCCCUUUCGCUCCCUUUGGUCCCGUUCGAUUCUCAGAGAAGAUUCAGCGCUUCACACCCUUCUCCCUUGGCUUCGAGUUCUUGCCUGGAGAGACCUACUACUACAUCUCGGUACCGGCCCCGGAGAGUUCUGGCCGCUGCCUGAAGCUCCAGGUGUCUGUCUGCUGCAAGGAGAACAGUAAAGUCGGAGUCGGCCCAUCCCGUCGGAAGCCCUGGAGAGAGCGGCACCUCUGGGUGGCAAGGGGGAGGGCCUCCCAGCCCUCUCUGUCUCUUGCUGCUGCUGCUCCCAAUUUUGCGUCUCCUGCGAAUUCUCUGAGCCCAGCGGACCCCUCCUGCCACCCCAGGAGCGACAGCCCUCCCAAGACUCCCUGGAGGAGGGCCCUCAGCAUCAAGCCAGCCAGACCGAUGGAAGAGUGAUGGGGGCGGUCGGAGGGUCCGAGGUGACCUUCCAGGGGCUGGCCCCUUAUCACAGGCUGAAGAGUUGCUGCAGGGAGCUGCACACCGCCCUGCACCCCCCCCCCGCACCCCUCCCCCGCCCCCGGAGCCCAGGCAGGACAAACACAGGGUCUCCGUCCGCUGCUUUGAUGUUCUUUGCCCAUCCCCCCCAGAAGGACUGGGAUUUUGGUGGGAUGGAAUCCUUGAGCCUGUUGGGGGCCAAGACCGAAGACCCUGGGACAGGUGGAUUGCCAGACCAGGGCAAGGAAGAGGCUGAGGCCUGUGCCCGGCACCCUGGGGGCCACUUCCCUGGGGCAGCAUCCCCCCCCCCCCCACCCUGGGCGGGGGGUGCCACUCGCUUGUCUUCUGUGAAGACAGACUUGCCAUGAGGCUGGACAUCAUGCCAGUUUGUAUUUUUAUAAGUGUCUGGACCAAACCCUCAAUAAACCACCCCCCUUUUUGUUGCUCUGCCCCA